AUGAUGCACAGCAUGCAUUUGGAUUGUUACCUUGUGCCCUGCGCUGCGGACCGAUAUUAUCCCGGAGGCCUGCCAGGUUUUUAUCUGUCGCUCCUUGUCUCGCUUGGUACGAGGUGUCAGGGAGUGUCUGCCAUCGUCUGGGGAGGAGCAGCAGCCUCCCAUGGGACCCCUGGCAGCCUACUGCCGCAUGGCAGUUAG